AUGGCUUCCCAGCUGGGUUCUACGGCGGCCUGCCUGAGUUCUACUUCACUAUUUGCCUACUUUGGCAGCCCGGUAGCGGUCUUCGUCCGCGCUUUCCUGAGGCCGGAUGCACCUAGCUGGUCGUGGCUCGGGUGGUCAGGCAAAUUGGACUUUAAGAAGUGGCGGUGCAACACGGAUGCUCAGCUGCCGCCUAGUGAGGUUGAAACUACAAUAACUUCUUUGGUAAACUUUUUCAAGAAGACAGACCGAUUCAACGGCACCUCAAGUCGUGUCGACAACCUCGUGCGCAUCUACUUCACAGUCAGUGCUGGAACCACUCCAGACGGCUGGCAGAAGCACAAUGGCGAUGUCGACUCCAACUACGAAUCGUUCUACGCCUACUUGGCUACUACGGACCAUCACACACAGAUACCAAUCGGAGAUUCAGGUAUCUGGUUCCACCUUUCCAGCGACCCCGGGACAUCAAUCCAUUAA